CGUUUGACAUACAAUGACAACGCGGUGGUGAUUGUUCGAAAAAUCGGUUGCAAUAAUUCGAACGACCGGAUCUGUCAAAUUAAGCGUAGGAAUACACGUUCGAUUCCUUCCCGCAAAAGCUCUGCUGUUGAAUCAUCUUACAUGUGGUGUAAGCCGGCAUAUUAACUGAAAAGUGCCAGUGAAACUCAAAUUGCACAUCUACCAAGACAAGUGGGACACUAGAACGAUGCAACAAGAAACCAUCCAACUCAUACAGGUCUUGGAAAAGACGGUGUCGCCCGAUAAAAAUGACCAAGAUCAAGCGUCUGCCUUCUUGGAACAAGCAGCAACAACCAAUUUAUUGGGCUUUAUCAAGACGCUGUCCGACAUUCUACGACAUGGUAGCAACAGUCCGGUUGCGCGAAUGGCUGCAGGGCUACAGCUCAAAAAUCAACUAACCGCCAAAGAUGAAACCACCAAACAACUGUACCAACAGAGGUGGCUGGCUUUUCCCGAAGACAUUCGGGAUUAUAUCAAAAAGAAUGUUAUUGGGGCUCUCGGUUCGGAAAGUAACCGGCCCUCCUCUUCAGCUCAAUGCGUCGCCUAUAUUGCUGUAACUGAGCUGCCGCAGCGACAGUGGCCGGACUUGAUCGCCACUCUGGUCAGUAACGUUAUCAACGCCACAUCUGAAGAGCAAAAAGAGGCGUCUUUAGAAACCAUCGGAUACAUCUGUUCGGAAAUUGAUUCAGAUGUUCUAGUCUCACAAGCCAGCGAUAUUUUAACAGCCAUUGUUCAUGGCAUGCGAGUUACAGAACAGAGCAAUCAUGUGCGAUUGGCUGCCACGCGAGCGCUCCUCAAUUCUCUAGAAUUUACAAAGGCCAAUUUCGAUCAGCCAAACGAAAGAAACUACAUCAUGGAAAUCGUAUGUGAAGCCACUCAGUCACCAGACACGCAAAUCAAGGUCACUGCCUUGGAAUGCUUAGUUAAAAUAAUGUCUCUCUACUAUCAGCAUAUGGAACCCUAUAUGGCGGUAGCCCUAUUUCCAAUCACUUUAGAAGCAAUGAAGUCGGACAACGAUGCAGUUGCUUUGCAGGGCAUAGAGUUUUGGUCCAACGUCAGCGACGAAGAAGUGGACUUAGCCAUUGAAGAUAGUGAAGCUCAAGAAUGUGGCAGACCGCCAUCAAGGGUGUCUCGACAUUAUGCCAAAGGGGCUCUUCAAUACAUCAUGCCAAUCUUGCUAGAAAAACUGACGAAACAAGACGGGGGAGACGAUGAAGACGAUUGGAACCCCAGCAAGGCGGCGGGAGUAUGUAUCAUGUUGCUUGCUACGUGUUGUGAAGACGAGAUCGUUCCUCACGUUCUGCCUUUCAUUAAAGACAAUAUUAGAUCUGAGAAUUGGAGAUUCCGCGAUGCCUCACUGAUGGCUUUCGGCUCUAUUCUGGGCGGAUUGGAAAACGCCACACUAAAACCGUUGGUAGAGCAGGCGAUGCCCACUCUUAUCGAACGGAUGUACGACAGCAGCGUUAUAGUGCGUGAUACAGCUGCAUGGACCUUUGGCAGAAUCUGCGAAGUUAUUCCUGAAGCUGCGAUAAGCGAAACCUUUUUGAAGCCACUUCUAGAAAGCUUAAUUACUGGUCUAAAGGCCGAGCCCCGAGUUGCUGCCAAUGUCUGCUGGGCAUUCUCAGGUUUGGCUGAGUCGGCAUACGAAGCUGCAAGCAACGAAAUUGCCGGUGGAGAUGAUACUACACCAGAAACCUACUGUUUGUCGCAGUACUUCGAGUUCAUUGUACAAAGAUUGCUGGAAACCACGGACAGGCCCGACGGCGCGCAAGCAAAUCUACGUCCUGCUGCCUACGAGGCUUUGAUGGAAAUGGUGAAGAAUUCUCCCAAAGAUUGCUACGUUACUGUGCAGAAAACAACCAUGGUCAUCAUGGAGCGACUGCAGCAAGUUCUGCAAAUGGAGUCGCACAUAAGCAGCCACAGCGACCGCUCUCAGUACAACGAUCUACAAUCGCUCUUGUGUGGCACAUUGCAAUCUGUCCUUCGGAAAGUCACUCCAGAGGAUGCGCCCCAAAUUUCCGAUGCCGUGAUGACUGCUCUUUUAACGAUGUUCAACUCCAACAAGAGCGGCGGCGUUCAAGAGGAUGCUCUGAUGGCUGUGGGCACUCUGGUCGAACUGCUGGGGGAGAAUUUUCUCAAAUACAUGGAUGCGUUUAAGCCCUUUUUGUAUCUUGGCUUGAAAAAUCAUCAGGAGUAUCAGGUGUGCGGAACUGCCGUUGGGCUGACAGGAGACAUUUUCAGAGCUCUCAAAUUGAAGACGCUUCCGUACUGCGAUGAAAUAAUGACCUUGUUGCUAGAAAACUUGGGAGAACCGACGGUUCAUCGCAGCGUCAAGCCGCAGAUUCUCUCAGUUUUUGGAGACAUCGUCCUUAGCAUUGGCUCAGAGUUCCAGAAGUACUUGGAGGUGGUUCUUGCUACUUUAGUUCAGGCUUCCCAAGCACAAGUGGAUCGCUCUGAUUUCGAUAUGGUGGAUUACUUGAACGAUUUGCGUGAAGGGGUGUUAGAUGCUUACACUGGCAUUAUUCAAGGAUUGAAAGGCGAUGGUCCAACUCCGUCCCCAGACGCAGCUCUGCUGGAGCCGCAUAUACCAUUUAUCGUGCAAUUUAUCACAGUUGUUGCUCAAGAUACCGACCAUUCUGAUGGAACCAUAGCAGUAGCUGCUGGAAUCGUGGGUGAUCUUUGCUCGGGCUUUGGAGCACCGAUGUUACCCCUGCUGGAUCUGGAGCCGAUUAACGAAAUGUUGGCACAAGGUAGAAGAUCGAGAGUAUCUCGCACCAAAACAUUGGCAUCCUGGGCAACUAAGGAACUUAGGAAAUUAAAAAUGAAUUCCGUACAAGCCCCAACGGCGCCGGCAGCCAGUUGGAAGGUUGUCGAGAUUCAACACAAAUUUUAUUGAUGGACGGGAAUUAUUCCAUAGGAGCCACGCCCAAUAUCCAUUAACAAACGCUGGCUACUCACGGAAUACUUCUGAGCACGUGGUCGAUGGGCAGUACUAUGAUUUAGUACCAGUUUAGUACUUUGCCUUGGUUUAGUGUGCCGCGAGUGACUCAAAUGUGUCGUAAAAACGUUUAGUUUUAAUUAAUUUCAAGGUUUCGCAUGAACAUGGAAGUCAAAUCGCUUCUUCGAAUGUCCGAACGGGAAAAAUUGCGCGUUUUUAAGUAGAACUGAUUUUAUUCUUUCGUACAAUUUUUGGAACCGAAUAAAACGCGCAGUUUUUACUAAAUUAUAUUUCUAGGAUCGUUUUGAAUUGAACAAAAUUGCAACGAAUGUUCGGCUAUUUUUACAAAUUGAUGAUUAAAAAAAAUUGCAAAUGUAUUCACCUCCACCAAUUUCGUGCGCCUAAAGAACAAUUGUAAGAAUAGUCCAACUGCCAACUGUUUUGUUACCUUAUAUACUUUACACUAUAUUAUUAGUAAAUGCUGCUUUAGUAAAACUGUUUAAAUACUUGCGAGCGUUUAAAUGUUGUUCAAGGCAAAACGAGUAGUUGAUACUUUCAUUUUUGCUCCAUCUUUCUGGCUCAAAAAAGCGAUUCUUACCGACGCUGCGCUUAUAUAUUUAUGAAAAUCAAACGCACGGUGCUGGUCGUUAUUUUGGGCCUAAAUCGAUCCAGUACUAAAUUGAAAUCUUUGAUAGUGAAUGCGUCUGGGUCGGUGCUGCGAGGAAUUUGGAUUGAAAGUUUCAUUAUUUAAGCUUCCUGAGUUCCAUUAAGUAUGUAACGAUUCAAAUCAGGACAUAUGAAUGGUGAAGAAAGGUGAGAAAAGUUCUGCUCGUGGCGUGAUGAUUUGAAAAGUCGAUGGUAAGUGUUGAUGAAAGUUUUUUGGUUCAAGGCUCGAUCGUGCCUUGUCUGGGUGGGUGGGUAGUUGUGUGUCAGAAAUUAGAGGAUUUUUACUGAUUAGUUAAUUGUUGAAUGCCUUCUGGACGUCUGGUUGAUAAUUUAUGUUUGAAAACUAGAAUGUGGCUUACCGGUACAAAAAGCUGAAAAUGCAACCAUGAAUUUUUUAGAGUCAUAAUGUGAUAGCACAUUCUAGCGAUUCUCCUGAACAAGGGAGGUGCCUUACUUUGUUAUAAAACCAACCAGUAAUUUUAGCGACCACUGCAAUUUGUUAAAUUGCGUUGGUUUCUACAAUAAAUGGUAUAUUUGUGGCUUGAUACAUUUGGUUAUCUCCCUAUAAGUACACCAUAUUUUAUGUGACCAGUGAAUUUUAAUGAGUCCAGGAAAAUUUCAUUUUUUAUAGAUAAUUUUACAUGCCAAGUCCUUUAUAUUUCUGGCACAAUGUGUGAACCAAUCAAAAAGCUGUCGCUUUCUGGUAAAGCGACGGCUUGGGGAGGGCUAGAUUAUAAGAACUAAAGAAUCUGUGAUUUGGAAAGGUUUCUAAAACGUUGCCAAAAAAGUGAAUUCCAUUAGUUUUUUAAAUCAAUUAUUACAUAAAUAAUGUUAAUGUAAGUAGAAAAGAAACCUUUCCAAUGUAAACGUAAUUAUAAUUGUAGCGGAUUAUAAUUAUCGAUUCCUCGUAUGUAUGUGAUAUUUUGCUGUGGGAGCGUCGGUUUCGAAACGGGAAACAUUCCAGAUACCUUUUGGGUAGAUUUUUUUACCAACAUAUCGGAAAACUAGCCUAUUUUAUUCACUCGAAAUUGAAACAUAGUUUGAUCCGAACCCCACAGCGUAUUCAAGGCUGUAUGCAACUUAGUAUGUAAGACGUAUGCUCGUUAUUUUGUAUGUAAGAUUGUAAGUAUAUAUUUUUGAAAAUUUUUAUUUAGUGCGAUAAGGUUUCCCAUAACAUGAUACGUAGGCCUAUACGUGUUGUUUUCUUUUAAGUUCACGUGGAAAGUUAUCGAUUGUUUUAAUUGUGAAAACGGCGAAGUUUGCUGAGUAUAUUAAUUAAUUAAUUAAUUUUGAGCUUGUUUUUUUGCCUUUACGAAUUCGGCGCGCUAAUGCGGACAGCCAGAUAUUCAGCAAACUAGUUUUAAAUUGAAAUAAAUAACCAUUAGGAUAUCAGGAAUGCAAAAGGGUUUAACAGCUCUUAACAGUUUUUCCGAUUAAUUUGUAAUGAAUACACCGGCAAAAUUCUUAAACCUCACUAACCAGUGCAAACAACUCAGUUAAUAUUUCCUCAGUGAAACCCUUUUGCUUGCUGGCUUAGUAUUGUGAACAAGUAGGAUUUUUUUUAUUUUGGGGCAUCAAUACACCUAAAGUCAUUUGAAAAAUCAAUCAAUCUCUGGUCUGUUCAAACCCAUUGUCCAAAUCCUUUCCGCAUUUUCAACUUCAAACGCAAUUCCGCAUAUCCAGGGUGUGUAGUAAACGCGCCCAGAUUUUUGUAUCCUCAUUUGUUCUUUCCAGGUCUGAUUUCUGUCCAGUAAGCAAGCAGAUGUAAGUUGGCGUGUGAAAGUAUUGAGAUGGUGCUAAUGACUGCGGAAGGCUUACGUGUUUCGUUUUGCUUGUGCCAUGGUUGUUACCGCUCAUUUUAUAGGAAGUUUUCACUUUGCUGCUGAUUAAAAUCGAAAUAGAAUGAGUUUCGUCAGCAGCUGAAGUGAACCUGCGUAAAUUUCGAAGCGAUGUUUGACAAUAGUCCUUUUAGUGUGAAAAUGAAGACUGAUCCCUUAUGAUAGUGAAUAAGUUUAGCUCAAAUGCCGUUUGCGAGUUGUUGCAUCAGGGCUUGCUGUCCGCGGCUCUAUUCCAAGUGUUUUCGCCAUGUUUUAGUACUAUGUUUCGUUGAGGCUGUUCCAGGCGAUUGUCACUUACUACCGAUCAGAAAUUCAUAUUCUGGAACAUCUUCGACGUGUUCGAAUGUCGGUCAUUGUUUCAUUGGCUUUACCUAAUUUGAAUUGUCGAUUAAUAGUUGAAUUUUAGAGGAAAACUGAGUCGAGUUUCGAUUUUGUUUUAUGCACGCCCGUUUAUCUAGCGUACAUACAUAUACUUUCCACUGUGAAAUCAAACGUUAUGAAGGAGAUUUUGUAGUUCGCAUAUCAGGAAUAAAAUCUCAUUUGGG